UGCCUGAGACAGUGGUUGAUGAGACCCAUGAGUGACUGACUCUUGUGCACACGUAGAGUAGUCACCGUGUCCAUCCAAUCCGCCAAACGAGCCGCUUUCCCCUUCCACACAAGCCAGCACAUCCAUAGCAUGAAUCAGACUACGUAUCGACAUACUGCACUGUACUGCACAGCACAGGCCGAUCUUCACACGCUAGCUAGGAAAAACCUGCCUGCCGCACACACGGCGGCUCUCUAUCUCGCUGUCUAGCUGUCUAGAUCGCCCUGCAGUCCGCAGAAACCAGCGCCAUCGACUGUGAUGACCUGCCCCGACACCCAGCUCAUGUCGCUGCUCGCUAUCGCCACACACAGAGAGGCUACCUCUCGCGCCUCGCCGAUCCUCUUGAAGGGGGAGAGGCCCUCAAACUUCGGCACCAUGUGUGGAGGCACCAUACCUUCAUUCACACACAGACACACACAUCGACCAUAAAGUAAGUGUGCUGUGCAGGGACUGGCUGACCAGGGACAACUGGCCCAGGAGCGACAGCAUUGACUCGAAUGCCCUUCUCGCCGGCCUCCUUGGCGGCACACUUGGUGAGCAUCUCCACUGCCGCUUUGCUGGUGCAGUAGACCACCCGGCUGGCCCACGGGAAGGUGCCGAGUACGCUGCCGUUGUUGAUGAUGACGCCCCCCUGGCCCAUGCGCUUGAUGGCCUCCUGCAGCGAGAAGAACGUCGCCUUGACGUUCAGGUCCAUGAUGCUAAGAGAGUGCAUAAAGAGGGAAAGGUGGCAUCCAGAAGUCACCCGAGAGCGUCAGGCGAGGGCAUCCUGCCAUUAGCUACGAUUACCUGUCAUAUAGUUCUUCUGGUGUGUUCUGUAUCAGCGAUUCACCACGUGCGCCGGCGUUGUUGAACACCACAUCGACCCGCCCGAAGCGGGAGUACACCUGCAGAACACAAACCAGAGAGGACCGAUGGCCGCGCCCGCGACCUUGACGAAUGAGAGCGCACCUCAUCAUAGAGUCGGCGUAUCUCACUGACGCGUGAGAGGUCGGCUUGGAAGAGAGCCCCGCUGCCGCCGGCCGACUCGACAGCCUGCAGCGUCGCCUUGGCCUUGGCCUCACUACCUGCAGCCAAACACACACAUUCAUCAGCCGAAGUUCAAUGUGAUGAGUAAUUCUGCGUCAGCGUGGUACAGUACACGAGUAGUGGACGGCGAUGGUGUUGCCUUUCUCGGCGAAUGCGACGGCCGCUGCGUUGCCUAUCCCGCCCGAUGCGCCAGUCACCUGAGAGGAGAGGUACACAAAAACACGCACACGCACGCAGCGCCAAUGGUGAUCUAUUCCUUUCAUUCAUUUUGGCGUACCAGGACAACGCGAGGCGAAGAUGUGCUCACAGACAUCAAGCGAAUGCGUGAGGGAAGAAAU